UUCCUGAGCACACUGUGCAUCUGACAGCUCUGUGCAUGGAGCACACCUUCUCUCUGAUCCCCGCUGUGCUGUGUUCAGUGCUGUCAUCUUACAAUCAGAGACUGGCAAUCUGUUUUUUUUUUUUCUUUUUACUGAGCUUUGACAGGCUUGCAAAAUGGGCCACUUGUGUUUCUAUGUCAUCGCUGCCUGCUGUCUAAGAAAAACAAAGCCAGGAAACCACAAUGGAGCACACUAAGCAGGUCCGGGUUCUGAUGCUUAAUGAUAUGGAGAAGCUGGAGAAAAGACUCUUCAGGCUUGAACAAGGCUUUGAGCUACAAUUUAGAUUGGGUCCAACUCUGCAAGGGAAGAAUGUCACAGUACAUACGAAUUAUCCACCACCCAAUGGCACCUAUGACCGGAAGACUUUCCAUCCAUUACAGUGGCACAACCCACAUGGCCGGGAAGAAGAUUCGGACAAGUACUGCAAACUAGAUCUCCAGAUCGCUGGCUCAUUUCAGUAUCGCUUUGAUCACGAUGGACAGACGAGCGGAGAAGGUUACAUUGUAGUGGAUCCAGUUUUGAGAAUUGGAGCUGAUAGCCGGAUUCUCCCUUUGGAUUGUAUCACCCUUCAGACCUUUCUUGCAAAAUGCCUGGGGCCAUUUUAUGAAUGGGAGGACAGGCUGAAAGUUGCCAAAGAGUCAGGUUACAACAUGGUGCACUUUACCCCCCUCCAGACUCUGGGUAAAUCACGAUCUUGUUAUUCUUUGGCUAACCAAUUGGAGCUGAAUCCUGAUUUCUCCAGGCCAGGGAAGAAAUACACAUGGAAUGAUGUUGGAAAAUUAGUGCACAAGAUGAGAACAGAGUGGGAUAUGCUUUGCAUCACCGAUGUUGUAUAUAACCAUACAGCUGCCAAUAGCAAAUGGAUUCAUGAUCACCCAGAGUGUGGGUACAACCUGGUUAAUUCUCCUCACCUCAAACCAGCCUGGUUACUGGACAGAGCAUUAUGGCACCUUACCUGUAAAGUCGCAGCUGGAAAAUAUGCUGCACGGGGGCUUCCAGCACUCAUCCAAAAUGACCAACAACUUAAUAGUAUUCGUGGCAUCAUAUGGGAGGAGAUCUACCCCAAGCUCAAGUUAUGGGAGUUUUACCAGAUCAAUGUGGCUAAAGCUGUGGAACAAUUUAGAACUCUGCUUGCCUCUGGUAUGCCACACAGUAUCCCUGGUAGUGCCCAGAAGAAAGGAUCAAAAGCAGACCCAAAGAACCUAGUGAUCAUUCAGGACCCACAAUUUAGGCGGUUUGGUUCUACAGUGGAUAUGGAAACAGCCCUCAGCACAUUCAUACCACACAGUAAUGGGCCUGCUGCCAUUGAGGAAUGCUGUAAUUGGUUCCGCAAGAGGCUUGAAGAACUUAAUGCCGAGAAGCACAAACAGGUUAACUUCCACCAUGAACAGGCCGUAAACUGCCUUUUGGGCACCAUGACUUAUGAUCGUCUUGCAAAUAAUGGCCCAAAGCUUGGAGCCAUAACAAAGAAGGAUCCUAUAGUCACCAGAUACUUCACUUUCCCGUUUGGAAAAAUGUCUUUGGAAGAGGAGGAACCACUAAUGCACCAGCAAGACAAAGCAUGCUACUUCAUGGCUCACAAUGGCUGGGUGAUGGGGGAUGACCCUCUGAGAAACUUUGCUGGACCAGAUUCCAAUGUGUACCUGCGCAGAGAACUGAUCUGCUGGGGGGACAGUGUAAAGCUGAGGUAUGGUGACAAGCCCUCAGACUGUCCUUAUCUGUGGGAACAUAUGAAGAAGUAUACAGAAAUCACAGCUAAGCAUUUUCAUGGAGUGCGCCUUGACAACUGCCACUCCACUCCAAUUCACGUGGCAGAGGAAAUGCUGGCCGUAGCCCGGUCAGUGCGGCCCAAUCUCUAUGUGAUUGCUGAGCUGUUCACAGGCAGUGAAUAUAUCGACAAUGUGUUUGUCAACCGCCUGGGGAUAACCAGCCUCAUUCGAGAGGCCAUGAGUGCGUACAACAGCCACGAAGAAGGACGACUUGUGUAUCGCUAUGGUGGAGAGCCUGUGGGAUCUUUCGUACAGCCCUGCCUGAGGCCACUGAUUCCGGGAAUUGCUCAUGCACUAUUUAUGGAUGUUACACAUGACAAUGAAAGUCCAAUAGCACAUCGAUCUGCCUAUGAUUUGUUGCCAAGUUCUGCCAUUGUUUCCAUGGCAUGCUGUGCCACAGGUAGUACGCGGGGAUAUGAUGAACUGGUUCCACAUCAGAUCUCAGUGGUAACAGAGGAAAGAUUCUAUACUAAAUGGAACCCAAAUCUAAAUGUGCCUAGUUCCUCAGAAGUGAGUGGAGCGAGUGGGAUCAUUACAGGCAAGAGAGCUCUAAACAGACUUCACCAAGAGCUGGCAGCCAACGGAUUCAUUCAGGUUUAUGUGGAUCAGGUGGAUGAGGAUAUUGUGGCAGUUACACGGCAUUGUCCCCAUACACACCAGUCAGUAGUUGCUGUAUCAAGGACGGCAUUUAAAGAUCCUAAAACAUCUUUCUACAGCAAGGAGGUGCCACAGAUGUGCAUUCCAGGUAAAAUUGAAGAAGUAAUACUAGAAGCCAGGACAGUGGAGCAGAAAUGUGAGCCAUACAAACAAGAUGCAAACACCAUAAAUGGCUUACCACAAUACACUGUGGACAUCAAAGAGCACAUUCAGCUCAAAGACAGCAAAAUUGUGAGACAAGCCGGAGUUGCCACAAAGGGGCCCAACGAAUAUGUCCAGGAAAUAGACUUUGAGAAUCUGACUCCGGGAAGCGUGAUUGUAUUCAGGGUAAGUUUGGAUCCCAAUGCUCAGAAAGCUGUCGGUAUCCUCCGCAAUCAUUUGAUACAAUUUACCCCGCACUUCAAGUCGGGCAGUUUGCAAGAUGACCAGGUGUAUCCUAUACUAAAGGUGCCUUUUGCUGAUAUUGUUGCUAAGCUGACUCUGGCUGACCUAAACCAAGUAUUGUAUCGAUGUGAUACAGAGGAACAAGAGGAUGGUGGUGGAUGUUACAACAUCCCAAACUGGAAGCCUUUGAAAUAUGCUGGUCUGCAAGGUUUAAUAUCUGUCAUGGUGGACAUCAGGCCUAAGAAUGAUCUGGGACAUCCAUUUUGUGACAAUCUGAGGUCUGGAGACUGGAUGAUUGACUAUGUUAGCAACCGACUCGUUGCUCGUGGAGGGCCAUGUGCAGAAGUUGGCAAAUGGUUUACAGCAAUGUUCGCCUACUUGAAGCAGUUUCCACGCUACCUUAUACCAUGUUACUUUGAUGCCAUAUUGAUUGGAGCAUACACCACACUCUUGGAAUCUACAUGGAAACAAAUGUCUAGCUUUGUACAGAACGGGUCCACAUUUGUGAAGCACCUGGCUCUGGGAUCAGUGCAGAUGUGUGGAGUUGGCAGAUUUCCUUCCCUGCCAGUUUUGUCUCCCUCUCUUCCAGAUGUGCCCUAUCGAGUCAAUCUCAUAACUCAGGAGAAGGAGCAGUGCUGUCCUUCAUUAGCUGCUGGUCUUCCACAUUUCUCCGCUGGGAUUUUCCGCUGCUGGGGCAGAGACACAUUCAUCUCUCUGAGAGGGUUACUUCUAAUCUCAGGACGCCACAAUGAGGCCAGGAACAUUAUUCUCGCAUUUGCUGGAACGCUGAGACAUGGGCUCAUCCCCAACCUUCUUGGUCAGGGCACCCACUCUAGGUAUAACUGCCGUGAUGCUGUGUGGUGGUGGCUUCAGUGUAUACAAGAUUACUGCAACAUAGUUCCAAAAGGCAAAGAGAUCCUCAAGUGUCCAGUCUCCAGAAUGUACCCCAAAGAUGAUUCUCCUCCUACACCAGCAGGAACAGUGGAUCAGCCACUCUAUGAUGUUAUCCAAGAGGCUCUGCAGCAUCACGCUCAGGGAAUCAACUUCCGGGAGAGGAAUGCUGGACCUCAAAUAGACCGCAACAUGAGAGAUGAAGGAUUUAAUAUCAAUGCAGGCGUUGACCCAGUGACAGGCUUCGUGUUUGGCGGAAAUAGAUUAAACUGUGGCACCUGGAUGGAUAAAAUGGGGGAGAGUGAACGUGCCCGAAAUAAAGGAAUUCCAGCAACACCAAGGGAUGGAUCUGCAGUAGAGAUUGUCGGCCUUAGUAAAUCUACCAUGCACUGGUUAACUGAGCUGAGUAAGAAGAAUGUGUAUCCAUACAAAGGCGUCAAAGUGCAGAGAGAAGGAAGAGAGGUGUUAAUAGCUUUCUCUGAGUGGAACCAGCGCAUUCAGGAUCAUUUCGAGAAGUUCUUUUAUGUCUCAGACGAUCCUUCGGACCCCAAUGAACAGCGUCCAGAUCUGGUUCACAAACGUGGCAUUUACAAGGACAGCUAUGGAGCCUCCAGCCCCUGGUGUGACUACCAGCUGCGGCCAAACUUUCCUGUGGCCAUGGUCGUGGCACCAGAGCUUUUCACCCCUCUUAGAGCCUGGAAAGCUCUUGAGAGUGUACAGAAAAAGCUUAUGGGGCCUCUAGGAAUGAAAACUUUAGACCCAGAUGACAUGGUAUACUGUGGAGUGUAUGACAACGCUCUGGAUAAUGAAAAUUACAAUCUUGCAAAAGGAUUCAAUUACCACCAAGGACCAGAAUGGCUCUGGCCCAUCGGAUAUUUUCUGCGUGCCAAGCUGCACUUUGCAAAGCUUAUAGACCAUGAAACAUACCAGAAGACAGUGGUUUUAGUGAAGAAUGUUUUGUCCCAUCACUACAUUCAUCUAGAAAGAUCCUCCUGGAAAGGUCUCCCGGAACUCACCAAUGAGAAUGGCCAAUAUUGCCCAUUCAGCUGCGAGACGCAGGCCUGGUCCCUGUCUGUAAUACUGGAAGUCUUGCAUGACCUUUAGAUAUAGGGAUCAUCUUGUAUGAGCAAUAAAUGAAUGAUGGUUCUGUAACUUUCCUCUGAAGAGGGUCUUUCUGUAUGUUGAAGAGGACUGAUACCCUUAAUAUCUGAUAGCUGGUGACUUUACUGUGAUGGAAAAACCAUAUAACAGGGACACUAAAUGUUAACGCUUUAGUCACUGAAACAAAUAUGAGUUGCUUUGUUUACUUUGCACAUUACACCUGUCUCACCCGUCAUUAAAUAAUCAUGUUUGUGCCACCAUUCAAAAUCCACCAUUGUAUACAAUGUUUUAUCCUUUUCUUACACUUCUUAAUAAAUGUAAAUAAAAUCAGAGCCCCCAAAGCUUAGGAUGUUCCAUUGGAAGCAAUGGUGUAUAGAUAGUCCCUGCUGGGUCUGUUGCUAAGGGUCAGUGUUGUGAUAUAGGGAUCAGACUUUCUUAAAAUUAUCUGUAGAAUAAAAAUUGCAUGAUUAGAACGAGUGUCAGUCAGGUGGGGCUAGAAGUGGCAGAAAUAACAAACUGUGUUUAAUCCAGUCUGUUACAUCAUAAUAAAUCAAUGUUUUCCUAUAGCCAUGGCAGAAGUGUUUGAUCAGAACAAAUAGAAUGUUUGAGGCACUGCAUAACUCAUUUUAAUGAGUUUGUGAUAAGGCUUGUUGUUUACAGUCUGCUGUAUAUCUGUGCAAUAAAACUAUAUAACACUCA